AAAGUAAUUGAGACGUGUUAAUCUUUUGUGAUAAAAAGUUAAGGUGGCAUUUACGAUUUUGGUAUAAAUAUUAAUUCUCUUGAAUUUGAACUUCAGUUCUAACUCUUCUAGUCUGUUUACUAUUGAAUAUGAUCAAGUUCACGUCAAUUUUGUUGUUUUUGGCUACUGUAAAUUGUUGUUUUGCUUUUUGGUCUCCAUGUCCAGGUGGAUUACCAGCUCCAUCACGUGUUGUAUCUCCUUUUUGUGAUGCUAUAAUUUGUAACGCUCAACGAGGAACAAUUUUGACUGCUGAAGCAGAUUUCACAACAACUGCUGCGCACACUUUUCUGGAUACUCGGUUAUCAACAACAAUUCUAGGUUUGCCGGUAACAUUACCGAUGGAUCCUGGUAUGGAAGAUGCCUGCCAAUUCCUUGUGCCAGGAUGUCCUACACUUGUUAAUGGAAUGCACACGCUUAUGCUGAAUGCACCAGUGCCUACAGGAUUUCCAGCCAUUUCCAAUGUUAACAUAAGAAUUGAACUGGUAGAUCCAACAAUGAACCGAAUUGCCAUGUGUGCAAUUGUACGAGCCAACAUUAUUUAAAGUUUAUAAGUUUUCCGCUCAUUUUCUAUCGCGCACAUGCUGUAAAUUAUCUUUUUUUUGUUAAUAUAGAUUGAUUUUUAAUAAAAUUAAUUAAUGUACUAUCCUCAA